UACCACCGUGCACGGGCGGCACGUGUAUUUAAAAAUGGAAAACAUUACCGAGGCUCUGUUUAUCAGCACAUUAAACAAUGAGCGUGCAUCCUGUUUCGUACAGGAUCUGCGCACUGGCACCGACCUGAUGCGUUACAAAGGCGGUGGCUCAAUGCAGUCUCACAGCCUACAAAUGCUCGAGGAGCACUUUGUUAUUGCGGCAAACAGCGCAAAGCCCCUGCUGCAUGUGUGGCCCAUCAAUAGCCAGGAACCGAUGUCGAAUGUACGAUACGUUGUGCCAGGCAAGGUGAAUGCAUUGGCACUGACUCCAGACAGUGCCUUCCUAAUAGCUGGCAUACAGGAGACCAUCUACGUUUGGCACCUCAACUCCGGCCGUCUGCUCAAUACGCUGUCCAAGCAUUACCAGCCCAUCACCUGUAUACGUUUUACGGACAAUGGCGAGCACUUUGCCACUGCCGGCAAGGACGGUGCUGUGCUUGUCUGGAAUCUUACACGUGCUGUUGCCCCCCUGGGCGGUGCCGACAGUGAAGAGAAUGCACCCUUUUACAAUUUCAAUGAUCACGGGCUGGCGGUCACCGAUGUCCAUAUUGGACUUGGUGGCAUUCGCGCCUUCAUGUACACCGUCUCAUUGGAUCGCUGCUGCAAGGUGUACGAUCUGAGCGAUGGCACAAUGCUAUUGAGCGUCGUGUUUCCAGUUGCCCUGCACAGCGUCAUUGUCAACAGGAUGGAGACCAGCGUCUAUGUGGGCACCAGUGAGGGUCAGAUACUUAUUUUCAGCAUGGAAAAGGUGCCACGCAUGAAGGAAUACCAUCUCGAAGAGGAGGAAAGCCAAGCCUUUGUUGGACACACAGCCGGCACACCUAUCACAUGCUUGGCUCUAGCGGUGAAUGGAAAUCAGUUGAUUUCUGGUGGUGAGGAUAAACAAGUGUGCAUCUGGGAUGUUGGUAGCCGGCAGCUGGUAAAGAGCAUAUCUCAGCCCGGUGCCAUUACAAAUCUGCAUGUCCGUCUCAUCGGCAACGCCAUGUUUCAUCCAGGUCCUAAGGUGCAUAAACCUUUUGCCGACAAUCUCAAGCGAAUGAUCAGUCCGGAUGAUGAUGAUGAAUGCAUUGAGCUGCUCAUCACAGAAGAGUAUUCAAAAGCCCCAAAGUUUCCAGAGCCAAACUUUGACAAAAGCUAUGAUGGCAUCGAUGACAAUGCUGACUUUAAGGUUGUGACCCUUCCAGACGACUACGAAGAUGUGGUUAGCGAGACGGAGGCUGAUGACGCGGAAAAAAAAUCAGCCAAUGAUGCGGAAGAUUCAACUGAUGAUGAUGAAGAAAUGCCCGAUGCUGAUGCAGCCCGCAAUUCCAAGUCUAUGCUCGCGGAGCUCGAGAAAUUACGUGCGGAAAAUGCACAACUCAAACUGGAAGCAAAACGCUUGAUGGACUUAAAGAUAAAUAGCAUUGCAGGCAAUAUACAAAGUGCGAAAACGUCAAAGAAGAACAAAAGAGCUCGCAAAAACUAGACCUACAAGAUAUUUUGGGUAACA